CCAGAAACCACCUUUGAAGCAUAAAGAGAAAAGGAGUUAAGCUGUCACCGUGAAAAUCCUCCCAACAAGUCGAGUAAAUCAUCGGAGUGCUCACCUCACCUGUACCCGGUACCUCUAUGGCAGCAGAACCAAAGAAGAUCAUCAUAGACACUGACCCUGGUGUUGAUGACGCCAUGGCAAUCUUUCUUGCUUUGAGAUCACCUGAAGUUGAGGUGAUUGGGCUUACAACUAUAUAUGGGAAUGUUUAUACCACUUUAGCCACCAGGAAUGCCUUGCAUUUGUUGGAGGUUGCAGGGAGGACUGAUAUUCCAGUUGCCGAGGGAUCUCAUGUCACAAUAACUAAAGGUACAAAACUUCGCAUUGCAGAUUUUGUCCAUGGUGCUGAUGGACUUGGCAACCAGAAUUUUGACCCACCUAAAGGAAAGCCAGUUGAACAGUCAGCAGCUGCUUUUCUGGUUGAGCAAGCAAAACUUCACCCUGGAAAAGUCACUGUGGUGGCAUUGGGUCCACUUACAAAUAUUGCUCUGGCUAUUGAAUUAGAUCCUGAGUUCUGCAAAAAUAUCAGGCAGAUUGUUCUUCUUGGUGGAGCAUUUUCAGUAAACGGGAAUGUAAAUCCAGCAGCUGAGGCAAAUAUAUUUGGCGAUCCUGAUGCUGCUGAUAUUGUUUUCACCUGUGGAGCAGAUAUUUUGGCUGUGGGGAUAAAUGUUACCCAUCAAGUUGCUCUCACAGAUGCUGAGCGAGACAAAUUGAUACAGUCAAAUGGAAAAUUUGCUCAGUACCUGUCCAAAAUUUUAGAGGUGUACCUCUCCUAUCAUCAAGAAGCAUACAGCAUGAGAGGAGUGUAUCUUCAUGAUCCAACAGCACUCCUUGCAGCCGUGAAUCCUUCACUUUUCACUUACACUGAAGGUGCUGUUAGAGUCCAGACAAAUGGCAUCACAAGGGGACUAACAUUAUUAUAUAACAAACAGAAAAGGUUUGGAGAAGUGACUGAAUGGACUGAUAAACCCACAGUUAAGGUGGCCAUGACGGUUGAUGCUCCCACUGUUGUCAAGUUGUUGAUGGAAAGGCUUAUGGAAUCAUAAACUGUGGACAUAUAUUGAUGAUAUGAUUGUGUGGUUCUUCAAAUUCCAAAAAUUUAAAAUAACAUUUGGAGUCACGGCAACGAGCUGAACUAAUGGUUUAUUGUUGUUGUAGUUGUCAUCACUGUAUCGUUUUGUACUCAGCUAUUGAUUCCAAUUUAAGUA